AUGAGCGGGCGGCGCUCCAAGCAGCGUGCCCUGGUGGGCUCGCUGCUGGAGCAGGCGCGGCGCGAGGUGUGGAGCGGCUGGCUGUCCGAUCUGGUCCUGCCGCUAGUGUCGGAAGACGCCGGCUCGCAGGCGCCGCCGCCGCCUACCCAGCCGCCUCGCGAGCUUGCUGAUGCCGACAGCGAGUUUGCUGAGGUGGACGGCGUGAGCCUGCACUUCAAGCAGUGCUGGCCGUCAACAGGCGAAGGGCCUGCAUCUGGCGCCAGCAGCGCAGCCCAGCAGCAGCGCCCCGCGGUGCUGCUCAUCCACGGCUUCAACGGCAGCGUGUUCAACUGGAGAGAUACCAUGCAGGCGGUGGCGGAUGAGACGGGGUGCAGAGUCAUUGCCUUCGACCGGCCGCCCUUUGGGCUGGCUGAUCGGCCGCUGAGCUGGGGACAGCCAGGGCAGCCGCUGCAGUACAACCCAUACCCCCCGGCUGGCAGCGCCCGGCUGGCUGCGGGCCUGCUGGAUGCGCUGGGGGUGCAGUCGGUGGUGGCUGUUGGCCACUCGGCCGGUGCGCUGGUGGGCAUGGAACUGACACAGCUGCAGCCGCGGCGCGUCGCCGGCCUAGGCUUUGUGGCGCCAGCGCUGCCCACCACCCCAGAAAACAGCUUCACGCGGCGGGCCAACCUGGGGCAGCAGCUGCGCUUCCUGCUGACGCGGGGACUGCUGGCAGAUGACACUCUGGGGCUCCGGUACGUGCGGCGGCAGAUUCUGCGCAGGCGCGACGAGGUGGCGGCCGGCAAGAUGGGCCUGCAUGCAGACGAGUCGGAGGUGCCGCAGGACGUGAUCGAGGGCUACCUGAAGCCGCUGCAGGCAAUGGAUUGGGACCGUGGAGCGCUGCUCAACCUGAGGGCCUUUUCCAUCCCGCCUGCCUACGACUACGCCUCGCUGGCGCAGCCUGUGCUGCUAGGCAGCAACGAUGGCGCGCUGAGCCAGAAUGCCCGGGUGCUGUCCAAGCUGCUGGAGCAGCGGCCGCACGGCAGCAUGCAGUUUGUUGAGCUGCAGGGCGUGGGGCAUGUGCCGAUGGACGAGUGCCCGCAGCAGCUCAACCGCCUGCUGGUCGACUUUGUGCGGCAGGCCCCCUGCGACGCGGGUAGGUCGGGAUGGGGCGACCAAAAGCCCAAAACUUGUCGCGAGCCCAAACCGUUUCGAGACACGGGAAGGCCCGCCAUGGUUCGCGCCCUCCUGCUGCUCGCCGCCGUCCUGGCGGUCGCGGGCGCUGCCCAUGCCUACGAAAUCUACGACUGCGAUCCGGAUUUUACCUACAACACCUCGUCCUACCCCGUCCUGCCAAACGGCGAUUUCAAGGAGGUUUCCAAGAAGGGAAACUGGAUCAACAUUGCGUUUGACAAUGCUGUGAAGGCAGCCACCUGGCGCCUGAAGCAGAAGCACAUCAUCCCAUCAGGCUGCAAGGUCUGGACCACACGCAAGCGCUACGGCUGCUACGACAGCGUGAAGCCGGGAACCAAGGGCAAGCAGCUGGCGGGCCUGUAUGUGUUCAAGUACCGCAUCAAGUAUGCCUGCCCCAAGACCGUCAGGAACUACAGUAUUCUGCAGAACAUCUACACCCGCCGCGACGGCUCCUUCUGGAGCCCCACCCAUGGCUUCUACUGGUGAGCGGCGAGCCGGGCCGGUUUGCCACGCGUGCGGGCGAUGCUGACGGCGCGUCCAGCUGCCGCCCGGUUGUUGGUGAGUCGGAACAGAAAACGCGACCCAGGGCAUUGAUCUUUUCAAUUCUUAACGCGUACUCUUGAACCGAGCCCUUUCCCCGUUCUCUGGAGGGCCUGCUUGCACCCCCGGCAGGCUGCUGCAGCGCCAUUGCGCCGCCGUGCCUGCCCACACCACUCUCUCUUUUGCCGAUCGAUUUUCAGAUGCUUUUGAACUGCAAAGUGCCAUCUGACAGCUGCAUCGUCGUCCCGUUGAUGUGACGCGCUAUGCAGCUGCAUGUUUUGCACAGAUCUCCUGCUUAAACAUUGUAAGCACAACGAACAGAC